AUGGAUGGCCCUGAAGUUGGUGAUAUUUACCGAUGGGACUCGACUCGCAAUUCGCAGACAACUCCACAACAUGACCGCCAUACAGUAAUGGAAGGCCCUGAAAUUGGUAAUUUUUACCGAUGGGACUCGACUCGCAAGGAUUCACAGACAACUCCAGAACAUGAUAUUGAUCAGAUAUUUGGUUUGCUUGCUGGGGCAGAAAUUUCUGAGUCCACUCUUAAUCCCUAG